UUUAAAGAGCAAUUGAACGUUCCAGAACUUAAAAGCGUAAUGCACGCAGCCCUGGUUCAGGAUACAUAAAAUAACCAGAGUGCCUAUUUAGUAGUAUUUGAGGAGACGAAACGUCAUACAUUUAUCUACGUAGCUAGCGCCCGUGAAUAUUUCAUGUUAGAUUAUCUUUAUUGAGUUUUGCUGAAACAGAAGUUUGUGUGCUCACAACGAUACUGAAAUUAGCUAACGUUGCUAGUUAGCACGCUAACGUUAGCUAGCUAGUAGUAGUGUCAACAAACUGAGAGUGACUUUACGUUAACGGGUUCAAGUAACUGCACAAAAGCGCGAUGCUGGUAACCGUUUUCUGCUGCCCCAAUGACCAUUCGGAAAUCACAUUUGCACUCGAUGUCUCUCCAGAGCUUGAACUCAGAGAUUUUGUUGCUCUGUGUGAAUUAGAAUCAGGAAUCCCUGCUGGUGAAAUUCAGAUCACAUAUGCAGAGCAGCCCCUAAAAGAUCUGACCUGUGCUUUAGGGACUUAUGGUCUGAAGGAUGGUGAUGUGGUGGUGCUCAGACAGGUAGAAAGACGGCAACCGCCAGCACAACCAGUCUUCCCAGGUCUGCCCCGUAUUGACUUCAGUUCCAUCGCAGUCCCUGGCACCUCUUCUGGUUCCAGUCAACGGUCAACCCGUAGACAGCAGCAACAGGCCCCGACCCCACAGCAGCAGUGCCCUCCACCCCCUGCUGCACCCCCAUCCCUAUUGGGCUCCACCUCCUCUCCUCCGGGUCUGGAUGACCCCGCCUUACUGCAGCAGAUGCUCUUGGCCAAUCCACACGAACUGUCGCUGCUCAAGGAGCGCAAUCCGCCAUUGGCUGAGGCCCUGUUGAGUGGAGACCUGGAGCGUUUCACCAAAGUGCUGUUGGAGCAGCAGCAGGAUCGAGCUCGCAGAGAGCAAGAGAGGAUCCGGCUUCUGACUGCCGACCCAUUUGACAUGGAGGCCCAGGCCAAGAUAGAAGAGGACAUCAGGCAGCACAAUGUUGAGGAAAACAUGACCAUUGCGAUGGAGGAGGCCCCAGAGAGCUUUGGCCAGGUGGUUAUGCUCUACAUCGACUGUAUAGUGAACGGAUACCAUGUGAAAGCUUUUGUUGACUCAGGGGCGCAGAUGACCAUCAUGAGUCAGGCGUGUGCUAAGCGCUGUAACAUCAUGCGCCUGGUGGACCGACGCUGGGCCGGCAUCGCCAAGGGAGUGGGCACCCAAAAGAUCAUUGGCAGAGUCCACUUGGCUCAGGUCCAGAUAGAAGGGGACUUCCUGCCUUGCUCCUUUUCCAUCUUGGAGGACCAGCCUAUGGACAUGCUGCUUGGACUGGACAUGCUCAAGAGACAUCAGUGUUCUAUUGACUUGAAGAAGAACACGCUACUGAUCGGGACGACGGGCACUGAGACCCGCUUUCUGCCCGAGGCGGAGCUGCCAGAGUGUGCCCGACUGGCGUACGGGCCGGAGGGCCCAGAGGACGCCCAGCCAGACGAGAUCGCAGACAGAGAGCUGGCGGAGGCACUUCAGAGAUCUGUUCAGGAGAGCGACACUGCAGAUGGACAAACUACCUCACCGGAACCCCCACCAUUCCCAAUGCCCAAACCCCUGAACAACAUGCCCCUGUCCCCUUCCCCCGGCCAUCCCCGGAGCCUUUUCCUGGACCGCUCCCAGUCUGCUCCAGCCUACAUGCGCCAGGCUGGGGCCCCAACACCAGGACCGAGCCAGAGCCAAACAGAGCCUGGCUUCCAGGGUCUCCCCAUCCCUGGACCCUCAUCCCAGGUCCAGAACACAGCACCUACAGCCCAACAGUCUCCUCUCUCAGGCCACAGCCCUACCAACCCCACCCAGCCCCUCCUUUCCACCAUCACCACUCCCCCGGCUCUGUCCACACGCUCCCUUCCUGCAGACAAGAUGGUGACUGGGACUCCCACCUUGGGAGAUUCAGCCAGUCAGAUCCCUUCAGCCACAGAGAUUGGGUGUGCCUCUGAGAAGGCAGGGAACAGCUCAGUGUUCCUCCACCCAAAGGAAAGCCUUACCACUCAGCCCAUGGAGCAGGAGGAGGACAUGUCAGACACCAUUACAGAUCACUGGACCUGUCUGAGUACCCCACAUCAGCAGAGUGAAGGGGGUUCCCAAUAUCCCCACCAGCCCGUCUCUAAUCCCCCAUCACUCACACUAGAACCCUGUCCUUUUGGAUCCACCUCUACGGAGAUCAAGUCUCCCCCUGCCUCCUCCCAGAACACUGUGCCAUCAGAGAGGGACCAGCCAGAGGGGAAGCGCUGUUCCUACUCAGACCAGAUCCCAUCUCUAGCUCAGGCCCUGCUGGAGCUCCAUGAGCUGCUGGUGUCUAACAGCCGUAGCCUGUCCCCUCAGGACCGCAGUGCCUCCUGCUCCCCCUCACACAGACAGAACGCUGACGGACUGGACGACAACCACAACCCCACCGUAGAGCCCCUCACACCUGAAAACAGCACCCAACCCUCCCCCUCUACUGCCAUUACAGCUGGUGCAGAACCAUGUGAUGCCAAAGCCAACCACCCUGCUGCUGUGUCUAACAGAGGACCUCCUCCUGACUGUGUCCUGCCAGGCUCCUCUGAGCAGAGCCUGGAGACCAGGACCGAGGCUGAACCAGGAGAGGGACACGGGGAACCAGAACCACAGUGUCCAAACAGCUCCUGGUGGGAAAGAAGGAGGGCAGAUGGGUAUGGGCUAGAUAACAGUAAAAGCAAAGGGACUGUGUCUGAAGCCAAAGGCCCCUCUUCACUUCAAGCAGACCUGGUGUUCAGGGAGCCCCCUGAGGGGCAGCAGGGGAGGGGUGUGGCAGAUGGGAGAGCCUCUGGCAAUGACAACCCUAACACACUCAACCUCCAACCUGACACAACACAGCAGAGCCCCCUGUCCAUGGCUGCUGGCUUACCUGGGGAGGAGUCUGGCGUUUCACCUCUUCCUCAGGCCCCGGACCACCCCUCCUCAGCCCCUCUCAUGUCUGCUCCACGUCUCUUUACCGAUGAUCACAUCCAAAGGAUCCAGGCAGCUGGCUUCUCUGCCAGGGAGGCUGCGGAGGCACUGGAACAGGCCCAGGGCAGUGUGGAGCUGGCUCUGCUGGCACUACUGGCCCGCAAGAUCACUGUGCCCACCUAGACACGCACAAUAUUGCAAUCAUGUAAGAGUCCUAGCCUCUGUCAACAUGGGUUUAAUCUGUGCUCUUGUCUUAUUGUUGAUGGUGACAUCUGAAUUCCCUGGCCUCACAGCUACUUCAUGCUGAAGGGGAAAUGCUGUCAGUCUCUUGGUUUCUCACAGACCAUACAACCAACUGUUAUUUGUUCUGGAUUUAUCCGAUAUGAUCUGAGGUGUGUUUGAUUUGGUGCCUCAGAAGAAACAUGUUAUGUAUUUUAUAGAUGGGCUUUAGUAGAUUGAUUUCCUUUACCCCCCCCCCAACUCCGUAUAUACAUACAGUGCCUUGCGAAAGUAUUCGGCCCCCUUGAACUUUGCGACCUUUUGCCACAUUUCAGGCUUCAAACAUAAAGAU